ACGUUCUGACAUCUGACAUUUUGUUUUCCAUUCUCGUGAACGUUUAUAUUUUAAUCUUUUCCGACUUCUAGCGGAUUGAUUUGUGUAAAAGUAAUCAUGUCUAAUGAUUACGGGUUCAACAGUGAUGAUUCACCGAAUAAAACCAAUUCCCACUUACAACUUCCGAGCCCAAUUAUCACUCGACGAAACCGAACUGCGUCAACGUCUGAAAGGGCAUUAGGAAAUCCGUUGGAAAGUGGAAAAAUUAAGUCGUUUUGCCGUGAAAAGGGCCACGGUUUUGUAUCACCAGAAAAGGGCGGCGAAGAUCUUUUCGUGCACAUUUCGGACAUUGAAGGAGAGUAUGUGCCCUUGCCAGGAGAUGAAGUGAUAUACCGACUCUGCCCCAUUCCACCUAAAUUUGAGAAGAACCAAGCAGUUCACGUCCGCAUCGUGCAUCUCACUCCUGAAAAGCAUCUCAAGUGGGACGAGCCCCCGCUGUAACAUCCUUGCAAACACCAAAAUGUACAUUGAUCCUUUCCAAAAUCUUUUGCAAUUCCCCUAUUAUUUUUCUCGAAUUUUUCCUCGUCUUGAAGCAACACAAAUCAAUUGUUCAACAAAAUAUCUGCCUGCAAUGUGUCUAAACAAUUUUAAAUCUAUAUCUGUAUGUCAAAUCUAUAACUUGAUUGCAGGAUAAUUUUUGUAUUCAGUUAUUUGUACUAUUUCCUAUUGUAGUAUGAAAUUGUCAUAAUUAUGAUAAAUUAUACUUUAUAAUAUUAUUGUGUUGCCACUUAUGCCUGAUUUUUACAGUCAUAAGUGGUUUUGACCUAAUAUGAGUUUUGACUAUCUAUAACACAUAUAAAUAUAGAAUACUUUGAAGAAUUCAAAGUAAAUAAAACAUUUAGUUGAAUAUUAAUUAAUUGAUGAAGUACUUAUGUAUAUUUUUUUCUUCAUUAACCAUUUAAUGUGUUAUUGAAUCAAUGCAAAUACUGAUGCAAAUCAAGAGUAAAUGGUGAGCUUAGCUCCAAUAUAAACUCUCUAUCAGAUAUAAAUAAAAGACAAUUUCUGCAUUGAUAAGUAAUCUGUAUCAUCUUUAUGUAUCAAAAAUCAGUUGGGAUGUCUAAAGUUUGCAUUAUUUCACUUACACAUUGUGUAUUAUACUUUUUAUACAUCAUGGGCGCAUGCAAGAACGAGAGAUUGUGUAGUGUAGAGGGAUUCCGUCAAAUUACCAUUAAAGGAUCAGAUAUUGAUGCUGUUCAGGUUUAUCAUAUUAUUUAUUUUUAAAGAAAAUUCAGUAUUUGAUAAAAGUGAGAAGCCAACAUGUGGUGCUAAAUUUUUGAAGGAUUUACCAUCGUCAUAAGAUUUUGAUAUCAGUUCUAAUUUCGUCAGCGAGUGUGUGGUGGCUUCUUGCAGUAGACUGUAUGCUCAACUCCCACAGCGAGCAAUGUGGUGUUUGUAAUACUAAAUGAUGUUUAAAAUAGGUUAUUUAAAACAAAAGUAAAAAGUUCCAUAUUUUUAUAAAUUAAUUUCAAUAAUCUUAAUUACACUUGUUCACUUGCAAGCACAUCGAGCACAGCUUUGCAGCUCACUAGAUGAUCAUGUCAGCGAUUGAUUGGCCUAGCUUUAAAUGUUUUAUUAUUAUAUCCAAAAGGCCUUUUUUAUUUAGGUAUGAAAAGUUUUGUAAUGCCUACUAGUAGUAAUUACUUUGCACAAAGUUAAGCUCCACUGGUUUGUGAUAAAAUGUAUUUCUUUAAAAACACUUGGUGUACUUAUUGAAUAACUAGUAGUUGGUUGUGUUAAAACUUUGAACUUGAUUGAAUUACUUUGCUAAUAACCUAUUAAGUGUAAUCUUAAUGUAUCAUUCCGUUAGAGCAUUUUUAAGUAAACCCAAAUAGUAGAACCUAAUGCCCUGUGUUGUUUUGUGUAGUCCUUUGUUUGUUUAUCUUACCAAUCUGAUAUAUGUUGUAAGAUUUGUAACGAUGUAAUCAUUUACAAAAUGUUGCCAUGCUUUUUUUAGUUUGUAUUAGCAGUAUUAUGAUACAGCGAAUUAAACGAAAUAUGUGUAAGCAUUAAA